AUGGAAGCUCGGGAGCACUGGAUGAUACACCUGCAGAGGGUCUACUACCCCAUCCUCGCAGCCAUCGGAAUCCCCUCUAACAUUAUGUCUUUCCUGAUCUUCUGGAGACGCAAAUGCAUGUUCUCCAAAUCAAGCACCCUCUACCUGAUGUCUAUUUUCAUAGCCGAUACAGCUAUCCUGGUCUUUAUGGUGGUGUUGGGGCUCUCCAUUAAAUACCUCACAGUGGAGCCCUUCUGGUCUCUGGAACCAUGGUGCAGCCUGCGGGACAUCUUCACAUACGGUGCCUCCAACACUUCGACGUGGCUAGUGGUGGCUUUCACUGUGGAGCGUUACCUCUCCAUUACUACCUUCAGUCUCAGGAAGCAUUUUGGGAUCCCUUAUGGUACAGUAUGGACUAUCUGCAUUAUCUUUGUGCUUGGUCACUUGAUGGCGUUGCCAUACUACUGGGCCUAUGUUUCCGUGUACAGCCAGGAUCUUCAGCGCUGGGUCUGCAUACAUAAACCAAAUGCCACUAUUCAGUACACACUUACCAUACUGAGCAUGCAGACAGUCGUCUCUUACAUUUUGCCCUUUGUCAUUAUUGCCGUCUUGAAUGGCCUGACCCUGCGCCAGAUCUCUCUCAUUAAUCGAGUGCAUGUAAUAUGUAACUCAGGCCAAAAGGUGACAUCGCUUCUACGUUCACGAAAGAGGAAAUCUGUGGUGCUUUUAUUGACCCUGUCCAUAACUUUUGUGCUGCUGAACAUCACACGCUCGAUCACUCAGAUUAUCCAGUGCACUAAGGGCUGGGCAUUGAAUCGUGAUGACUACAGCCUGAGCAUCAAUGUCGCAGCGGACAUCGGCACCAUGUUCAGCCUUAGCAAUGCCGCCGUAAAUAUGUACUUGUAUGCGUGCACACAGACCAAAUUUAGACAGGAAGUUAUAAAAUGCGUCAAAUAUUCUCUGUGGAGAUGCUACUUGAACAGAAAUGGUCCAUCAAGACAAAAAUGA